UGACGCAGCAAGGUCACGUGUUCCAGGUGUGGUCCGCGGCCGGUUUUCUCUGUGCGUGUGUAUGUAUGUGUGUGUGUGCGCGCGCGUGAGUCUCAUUUGUUUGGUAGCGCGUCCAGUCACGGAGAGGAUCCCCGAUCAUGUCUUUCGACCUGUCUGCAGCUGUUGGUGGGAGUGAAGAUGUGGUGAAGAAGGAAGAAGCUCAGAAGGAUGAGAUCUCAUGGCCCUGGAACAAGAACAAGGAUAAGGAGGGCAGCAAGGGAAAGUCCGGCAAAGACGACAAAAAGCACGAAUCUGGCAAGGACAAGUCCGACAAGAAGCACGAAUCUGGCAAGGACAAGUCCGACAAGAAGCACGAAUCUGGCAAGGACAAGUCCGACAAGAAGCACGAAUCUGGGAAGGACAAGUCCGACAAGAAGCACGAAUCUGGGAAGGACAAGUCCGACCAAAAGCACAAGUCAAAGGACGGGGAACACAAGAAGAAAAGGGACAAAGGUGAAGGAAACCAAUCUGGCUCUUCCUCAUCGUCGUCCUCCAGCAGUGACGAGGAGUGAUGCUUCCAGCGCCGAUGGUCUCUUCUAACCUCGUCUGUGAAGCAAAGUGACUGUGUGCAGUUGUACCGACGUUCCUUCCUCUUGUUGAUGUAUAAAUAAACCUGAUUGAACGCUGCUUCUCGCCAUAAA